AAAAAAAAAAAGAAAAAGGAAAAAAAAAGCAAAAGAGAGAAAAGCAAGGGGUGGAAGGAAAAGAUCGAGUCCAUUUGGAGAACCAAGGGGUGGGGGUGGGGGGACGCAUUGCCUUCCUGGAGAUGGUUCUUGUUUAAGGGUUCUGAAGUAUGUUAAAGUAAUCGUCCGGGAUAGAAGGGUUCACUUGCUCGCUUCUUCAACCUCUGGUUGCCUAAGAGCUCCGCUUUGGCUGGUUAGACAUGGUGUGUAUGGGGAGAAGGAGAGUAUGAAGCCUGCAGAAUGGGAGCGAACAAUGGCAAACAGUACGGCAGUGAGGGCAAAGGCAGCUCAAGCAUUUCAUCCGACGUGAGUUCAAGUACAGAUCACACACCGACCAAAGCUCAAAAGAAUGCAGCUACCAGUGAAGAGUGCCUUUCCUGGUUACCUUCUCAGAGGGAGAAGACUCACCGAGAUGAGUGAUCUGUGCAUCUUGCCCUACAAGAGCCUCAUCUGUCCAUUAAACUCCGACCUGAGCAUGCGCACGCUCAGCACCCCCAGCCCAGCCCUAAUCUGUCCACAGAAUUUGCAUGGAUUUCAAAAUGGAAGAGGUUCAUCCACCUCAUCUUCCUCCAUCACAGGGGAAACAGUGGCCAUGGUCCAUUCUCCCCCUCCAACCCGCCUCACCCACCCUCUCAUCCGGUUAGCCUCUAAACAGCAGAAAGAACAGGCUCACAUUGACCGCCUCCCAGACCACUCUAUGAUCCAGAUAUUUUCCUUCCUGCCUACCAACCAGCUGUGCCGCUGUGCUCGUGUGUGCCGCAGAUGGUACAACCUUGCUUGGGAUCCUCGGCUCUGGAGGACUAUUCGUUUGACUGGUGAGACCAUCAAUGUGGACCGGGCACUCAAAGUAUUAACCAGAAGACUUUGUCAAGACACACCCAAUGUAUGUCUCAUGUUGGAGACAGUGACUGUUAGUGGCUGCAGGCGGCUCACAGACAGAGGACUUUAUACCAUUGCCCAGUGCUGCCCAGAGCUGAGGCGACUAGAGGUUUCAGGCUGUUACAACAUCUCCAAUGAAGCUGUUUUUGAUGUGGUAUCCCUCUGUCCCAACUUGGAGCACCUGGAUGUGUCAGGAUGCUCUAAAGUCACUUGCAUCAGUCUGACCCGGGAAGCCUCCAUCAAGCUGUCUCCUUUACACGGCAAACAGAUCUCCAUCCGUUACUUGGAUAUGACAGACUGCUUCGUCCUGGAGGAUGAGGGUCUGCACACAAUCGCGGCGCACUGCACCCAGCUGACCCACCUCUACCUGCGGCGCUGCGUCCGCAUCACUGACGAGGGCCUCCGCUACCUGAUGAUCUACUGCGGCUCCAUCAAGGAGCUGAGUGUGAGUGACUGCCGCUUUGUCAGUGACUUUGGCCUGCGGGAGAUCGCCAAGCUGGAGUCCCGCCUGCGCUAUCUCAGCAUCGCCCACUGCGGCCGGGUCACCGAUGUGGGCAUCCGUUACAUUGCCAAGUACUGCAGCAAACUGCGCUACCUCAAUGCGCGGGGCUGCGAGGGCAUCACGGACCACGGGGUGGAAUACCUGGCCAAAAACUGCACAAAACUCAAGUCCCUGGACAUUGGGAAGUGCCCUUUGGUUUCGGACACUGGCCUGGAAUGCCUGGCUCUUAACUGCUUCAAUCUGAAGCGCCUGAGCCUCAAGUCCUGCGAGAGCAUCACGGGGCAGGGUCUCCAGAUCGUAGCCGCCAACUGCUUCGACCUGCAGAUGCUAAAUGUGCAGGACUGUGAGGUGUCCGUGGAGGCCCUGCGCUUUGUGAAACGCCAUUGCAAGCGCUGUAUUAUAGAACACACCAACCCCGCCUUCUUUUGAGUGGACAGCCUCUGUCUAUGAUCUCUUUUUAUAAAAAUCAAAAACAAAACAAAACAAACAACAACAACAAAAAAAAUAUAUUGUUUUUUUUAACCAAAAAAAAAAUGUUAAAGACAGUAUAUGUAAGCACAUGCCACUCUCAUUUGCAAUAGCUGUUUGUUCUUUUGGGUUUUUGGUUUUUGUUUUUUUUUUUUUUUAUGCUUUGAAGUUCUUGAGAAUCAGCUUUUGAUUAUUUGUUAUGAUCUACACAAAGAAAACAAAAAUAAGCCUGUUUCUAUUGUAGCUGUUACCUUCUUGUUUCUGGCUGGGUUCUUGUAGGUAAUCCUUCAGAGGGCCUCAGCAGGCCAGUCCUAAUGCUACUGGGAAUCCCCAAGAAAGCACUGAUCUAAGAUACUCCCAAGACUGCCUGCUUUGGCACAAAGGCCCAAACUCCACACUUAUUUGGAGUGAAACACGUUCCUCAGUCCGACAAACUAAUAUGAAUGCCAUAAACAAUCUUGAAAAAUGGAUCAGUAGCACUUUACAAAGUGCUUUCCAAACGUUUCUUUGUAAAUUAAUUACUCCCCACAAGCAUUCUGGGUCUCUGUGCUCAUGCCCAUUUUAGAAUAAUGGAAAUGAGAAAAAUUGUGUUUUUGUUAUUGUUGUUAUAAACCUAAGGUGAUUUUCCCUUAGUCACCCAGGAAGCUUUCCUCCUCCAAAUGAAUGUCUCCCUUUUUUUUUUCUUUAUGCACUGAGCCAUUUUGCCAGCCUUUUCCAGGAAGGAUAUUCCAAGGUGCUUGUCUCAGUGUCGGUUUUCUAAUUGUCUCUCUCCCUCAUCUGAGUGAUCGCAAUAUGUGCUCCUGGAAUCUAUUUCAUAUUAUGCCCAUGCUCUGUUGUUCGUAAUGCUCUAUGAGCAUGAUUAACAGGCAGCACUGACAGGGCGGGGUCUAUAUAUCUGAGGAUGAGAUUAGAGAAAUCAGUUUCAGACCGAUGCUGAGCUGAAAUCUUUUAGUCUUUCAUUGGUAUAAAAGAAGGUCAUCCUUCCAAAGCCUUUGCUAACAGGGGGAAAUACCCUUGUAAUUUUUAAUUAAGAAGUGAUGCCCAAAUAGGCACACCCUUUCACUCCACAAAAUAUUUUUUUUUCCUUUUCCUCAGUGCACAUGUGGCAGGCACAUCUGUACUCCAGCUGUGAGAAGACUAACCAGAUUUCCCUUUUGUCAUUCAGACUUCUGUUUUUCUUUUUCAUUUAUUUGUUCCUUUAUGCACCCAUACUUCAUUGGACGUAUGAAAUCUUUUUGAGGUUGAACCCUUAAAUGCCUAAUUGUGCACAGUGUCACCUUGUGUGCAUAUUUCCAUAGUUCUAUGCAUAUUCCACUUCAAAGGAUGGGUAGUCAACUUCCACAUUUGUAAUGGUGCGCUCUAUGGAUAUGGCAUGCAUAUAAACAAGGAAACACAUCAGUGAGAUUUAGACUCCGGCCCACCAACCAUGUCAACCAUUCUUUAGAAAUAAAUGCAUACCUAUGCACACGUGAUUUCUAAACAGGAAGUUACCAUUUUGUAGUGGAGUAAGCCUUUGCCAGUUCUAUUUGCAUAAAAUCAAUAAGCCAGGGGGAAAAAAUUCCAUUGCCCUUCUAUUUGAAGUUCAUUCCCUGAUUCCAACUAGCUUGUGAGUUUUUAAAUGCUCCUUCACAACUCCCCACCCUUAAUCAUUCACUUCUAAAAACUGUUCUACUUCCACCCAAAAGGAAUGGCAUCCAAACCCAGGGCCUCUAGACCUCCAAGCCAAGCAUGUUAAAUCUGUUUGCAAAGCAGGCCUGUAUAAGAUUGACAAUGGCUUCAAGUCAGAGGCCCCAGUGCUGUACAUGUGUUGGGAAGUAGGAACCAAAGUAGGGAAUCAUCUGCCCAGUCUGGUUCUCAUAAUGAAACAGUAGCUUGCUUUCCAGACAACAUCAUUAGCAUCAUUGACGUAGCAUUCAAAACCGUGUACUAAGAGGGAAAAAAUGCAUGAUCUGGCUGGAAAUACCACUUAGAAACACUCACAUGGCUUAUAAACGUAUCCAUGACCUGAAGCAGCAUUCUACAUGCAAUUUGUGUCCCUUGACUGAGGUUUAUUUGUGAGUCAUUGAGAACCUUCCCUCAUACUGGGUGAAAUGAUCUCCCAGGUGAGUUUAAGAUUCCCUAGCAGACCCUUAUGUGCCAGAGACCACUGGCUACUCGGUGGCUCCAAAUAUUAAAAACCUUAUCUUCCUGCCAUUUAAUAAGUGUCAAAUUUACUGCUUUCUGCAUAUCUGACAAGGUCAACUCUUUACAGUGAAUGUACAGCAUAUCUUUGCUUUAUCCAGUUUCUAAUUUUUCCCCCAGACUUCUCUUCAUGAUGUUCCAUAGGGAGUUCAAGAAGUUUGAAUGUUUGGAAGAGGUAAUUGGAAAUUGAGUUUAGCAAGUUUUUAAGAGACCAACCAAAUGGCCUUAUUAGCAAAUUUGACUGUUUUAACAUGUUGCUUCCUUCCUGGCUAUGCUAAAUUGAAUGCUCUUCUUUAAAAAUUUCUAAUGUUGGAAUCAUUGCGUGCUGUAUGAUUCUCUAGAAAGCCAUUAAUUUACUACCAUCGAGAAAUAAAGCAAUAUGUUCAGUAAU